AUGGCGACUCCGAAAUUCAGCUCAAAAUCGCCCACAAUUCGACGUAUACUUCGUGAGGCAGCCGAAAUAUCCAACUCUCCUUCCGCCGAUUAUACUGCCGAGCCUCUCGAAUCCGACCUAUUUGAAUGGCACUUCACCCUCCGUGGGCCUCCCAACUCGGUUUACAGCAAUGGCAUCUACCAUGGACGCAUAGUUCUUCCUCCUACAUACCCUCUUCGCCCGCCGUCUUUCCGGUUUAUGACACCCAGUGGCCGGUUCGAGGCCAACCGUGAGAUUUGUCUUAGUAUCAGUGGUCAUCAUGAGGAGACGUGGCAGCCUGCAUGGGGAGUACGGACAGCUCUUGUAGCGCUUCGAAGCUUUAUGGAGACAGACGCUCGUGGCCAACUUGGUGGUCUUGAAACUACCGAUGCUGUGCGCCAACGUCUAGCUAACGAGUCAUCAACAUUCAAGUGCUCGAGUUGCGGGAAGACAAAUGCGGUUAUAAUCAAGGAAUGCGAGGAGCGAGCAAAGGAAGCUUCAACAAGUGCCGAAGAGGUUGAGGUGCCCAAAGAAUUGAAUAUGGGAUGGCGCGACGAGAUGGGAGCCAAGAAAGAAGGCGAAAACAAACCCGAACAGACGAGCGAUGAUGCCGAAACAGCUCAACUUGCCGAAGGAUUCGUCCAGACUGCCCCAGACGUUGAGCUUGAUGAUGGAAGUACCAGGAUCCCUCAGCCGCCCGUUGAGAACCGGAAUCCCACUCCAACUCGAACUAUUCCUUUGCCUGUCCAGGCUCAAGCACCCGUUCAUGCACGUCUGGCACCGCCUGUGGCGCAGGCUCAACAAGCUCGAAGGGCGUCUGACGAUGGUGUACCUCUCUGGCUGGACCGUAGUAUUGUCGUGCUGGUGGUACUCUUGGUUGCGCUCGUGCUUAAGAUCAUAUUUGCUGUAUGA